CUUAAGAAUUCCUUGGGGCGAGACCGAAUAGAGGGUUUAAAUGUUUAAUACUACCAUUAUUCUAUUUCCGAACCUUUUUUCGAUAUGAUUCGAAAUUGAGACACAUACAAACCCCCAAUUAACGCACACAACACAUAGUUACAGCACUUUUUUCCUUCUCCGGAGCAGCCGCAAAUUCUCUUGCCCCACGCACCAAAUUACACACAGAGAACACGCAGUAACGAUGGUUGGAGAGGAGAAGCGGCAUCAGAUGAUGCAGAAUUUGUUCGGUGACCAAUCAGAAGAAGAGGAGGAGGAGGAGGAGGAGGUUGAAUCAGAGCACGAGUCUAAUCGUCAACCUGAUUAUGCAUCCGAUGAAGGGGAUGAAGGACCUGAGGCUGAAGGUGAAGGUGAAGUUGAAGGUCAAGGGGAGGCAGAAAUUGAGAGUGAGGGUGAACCUCAGGAUCUUGAUCCUUUACAAGGUGAGAGUGAGGGUGAGAGAGAUAAAAGCUCUCAAGAAUUGGAGAUAGGUAACCAAAGGGAACAAAGUGAAGAAAGGUACUCAGAGAGUGACGAUAAGGAAGAUUAUGGCCAACGAGUUGUUACUAGUAGAAGACACGAUGCAGUUGAAAGUGGGUCAGAACGAUCUGGAGAGAACCAUUAUGUUGCUAAUGAGGAUGACGAAGUGAAUCAGGCUAGGAGUCACAGUGUAUCUGGUGAUGAGAAAGAUGAGGAUCAGUUUUUGCAGUCAGCUCCAGAGAUUCGUGAUGUUUUUGGAGACUCUGAUGAUGAAGAACUAGCAGAAUACAAAGUUCAGGAUCAGACUGAAGAAGAUGAAGUUAGAUCCCCAAUUGAAGAAAUGGGGAAUUAUGGGAAAGACUUGAGGCCGGAGGAUAUGAUACCUGAUGAAGAUGCACCGUAUUACUCUGAAGAAGAGCAUAUUGAGGCUAGAGCUAAAGAAAAACCAGUUGGCCCCCCACUAGAGCUGGAAAUUCCUCUGUGCCCUCCACCAUCUGAAUCUGAGAAGAUGAAUAUGAUCAAAGUAUCUAAUAUAAUGGGCAUAGAUCCUACACCGUUUGAUCCACAUACGUAUGUGGAAGAGGAUCAUUAUGAAACUGAGGAAUCUGGAUCUAAAAAGAGGAUAAGAUUGGAGAACAAUGUUGUUCGUUGGAGAAAGGUCAAGCACCCUGAUGGCAGAACAUCUAUUGAAAGCAAUGCUCGCUUUGUGGAGUGGUCAGAUGGUAGCCUGCAGUUACUUAUUGGAAACGAAGUGCUCGAUAUAUCUAAGCAAGAUGCUCAACAUGAACAGGCUCACCUUUUUGUUAGACAUGGAAGGGGCAUUCUCCAAUCUCAGGGGCGAAUUUUAAAAAAAAUGAGGUUUAUGCCGUCCUCCUUAGCUUCAAAUUCUCAUAGGUUGUUAACUGCUCUCGUUGAUUCACGACACAAAAAGGUGUAUAAAGUCAAGAACUGCAUCACUGACAUUGACCCUGAGAGGGAGAAGGAGCAAAAAGAGAAGGCUGUUCAUCAGUCAAUUAAAGCUAAUGAACUUCUUAGCCGGAAGAAGGAGAAGGUCAGUCGUAAAUAUACACAGCCCAUCCGCAGGGAGCGCCAACUUUCCCCUGGUUUCCUAGAGGACGCACUUGAAGAGGAGGAUGAACAAGAGUAUUAUGAACCACGGCGUUCUGCUGUUCGGCGUCGCUUUGAUGAUGACCUUGAAAUGGAAGCUCGAGCUGAGAAGCGCAUAAUUAAUGCAAAGAAGGGACCAAAAGAUAUCCCUCGCAAGUCAACAUUUCAAGCUUCCAAAUCAUCUCGACGCCCAGUGGACUUCUCUGAAAGUGAGAAAGAGGAAUCCGAGUAUGAAACCGAGGGGGAGGAGGAAGGUUCACCGCCACAUAGAAGACAUGAGGAAGCAGAGCAAGAUUAUGGGGAUGAAGAUGAAGAACCAGAACAAAGAGAGCAAGAAGAAGCCUAUGAUGAAUCAGAAGAAGAAGCCGAGGAGCCAAAGCAGAAGGUUAGGGAUUCGGGAGGCAGCCUCAAAAGGAAGGGUAUUGAAUCUGAUGAGGACUCUCCUCCUAGGAAAGCUACUACUCAUCGGCGAAUGAAAAUGGUAUAUGAGAGUGAUGAGGACUAAAACAGGACUUCUGAGGAAGAGAAGCUCUCCAUUUAUUGGCUAAUCUUUUCUAGAAUCUUUGGGCGACGAGCAGACAGUGAUUUCGGUUAAGUGCAAAUUUGUGGGGCAACAACUCAUGUACGUGCGUACUAUAUUAUCCUUGUUAUGUACCCGUCAAGUUUUCUGCCAAAUUUAAGCACAUUGUUGUAAUGGAAUUUUUGGUUAUAAUCAGGUUUUUAUAAUUGUAAAUGAUUUGUAGAACUGAAGCUAUAUUUAUGCACCCUUGUUGAAGUAAA